GCGAAUCUUUUACUAUUUAUCCCUCUGAAUCUCCACACUUUUCUUGUCAAAAAGCCUUGAACCUUCACUAACACUCUUUGCAAGUUUGCUUUAUCCUUGUCUUCUUUUUUUUUUGCUCUCUUUCCUUUGUUGUUGUCACCAAAUAUGGCUACUAGUACACUCAGCCAUGCAGAAGAAGCACUUCCAAGUCCAGCAAACCAAACCGAUCAGAAGCAAACACGAGCUAUUACUGAAUACCAUAGCAGCAUUGACUAUUUACAAAGGGCACAGUGGCUUCGUGCAGCCGUUUUAGGAGCCAAUGAUGGGUUGGUUUCGGUUACAUCAUUAAUGAUGGGUGUAGGAGCUGUUAAGAGAGAUGAAAAGGCUAUGCUACUUGCUGGUUUUGCAGGAUUAGUUGCAGGAACUUGUGGCAUGGCAAUAGGAGAGUUUGUUGCUGUGUGCACUCAGUAUGAAGUUGAGCUAGGUCAAAUGAAGAGAGACAUGAACAUGACUGUGGGAGAGGAGAAAGACUUGGAGAUGGGGAUGGAGAAAAGAGCAUUGCCUAAUCCAUUGCAAGCUACUUUGGCAUCUGCAGUGUCCUUUUCAAUUGGUGCAUUGGUGCCUCUACUUUCAGCUGCUUUCAUAGAAAACUACAGGAAUAGGGUUAUUGUGGUUGUGGCAAUGGCUAGUUUGGCUUUGGUGGUUUUUGGAAGGGUGGUGGCUCAGCUGGGAAAAACUCAUAAGAUGAAAUCUUGUGUGAGGUUCCUUCUUGGAGGAUGGAUAGCCAUGGCUAUUACUUUUGGGUUGACCAAAUUACUUGGUGCUAAAGCUUUAGAUAAUGAAUAAUAAUCAUGUGUGGCCUGUGGAUUUUACUUAAUUAUAAGAGUAGCCAUGCCUUUUAUUUUGUGUUUUAUGAAUAAGUUUAGUUUGUCAUCUCUAAGAACUUU